AACAACAAAAGUUAAUCAGAUUCAAACUCGUAGUUGAUAAUAUAUAAUUUAAAAGCAGAAGUUAUAAUUCUUUAUCCUUAGAAGUUAUAAUAAAAUAAUUAGUAUUAUUUUUUCAUUUUGAUCAAACACAAAUCAAACUCAUCACUUUUUCUUUCUCGUAAUUUGCCUCUCUUUAAACCUUUGCUAAUCUUUCUUUUCCCCUCAGUUCUUUUUUUCUUUUUUAGGUGUUCAUAUGCAGUAGUGUCUUGUUUACUUUUUUACUUAAUUUUUUCCCCCAUUUUUUCUAGUUAUUCUUAAAUUAUAUAGGCGUUCAACUAAUCUUUGCUUUCUCUGCAGUUCGCAUCCUCUAUGGUUUGGCGUAAACCGUCCCUCUUUGGACAUUGAUUGUAGUUUCUUUAAGCUGGAUAACCGGUUAUGAUGAUUGAUGAUGAUAAUUGGACCUAAUAUUUUGCGGGAUUUUGUGAAUACUUACAUAUUUGUAAAAUUUCAAUUAUUAUAUUGUUUUUAAAUUAAAAUUACGUUUGCAAACUCGAUUAUUGUAUUGUGUCCUAGAUUCUGAAUUGACUUGAAAAUUUGACUUAGGUGGUAAUUUGUAUAAUUUUGGAUACUUUUAAAAGCUUGCACGUUUAAUCAGAAAAGGCUUUUAGGGUUGGUGCAUGUUGUGUUUCACAUUACUGACUAUGUUCUUUUUGAGUGAAAAUAGUUGACUAUAUUAGUUGAUUUAUUGAUGCUGAAUUUUGUAAACCUCAAGGAUUUGAGAUUGUGGGUGGCUUAGUUUUUUACAAUUAUCGUUAGAAAUCACAUUUGUUGGGUUAAAUUUGGGUUGUUUGGUUAGUGGAUAGGUAAAGCCCUGGAGAAUGAUGAUAUCCUAAGAUUGUUUGUACCAUUAUUUAGAACUAUUUGAGGUUAAAGAUCAUUUUGGUAAAUGCUCAUGAGUUUCUGAGCAUAUGAAAUGAUAUGGGCAGUAGGAAAUUUGUAAACAGUAAACGUUAAUGGUGGAAGAAAAAAUCUUUAAAACUGAAGUUUCAUGUAUUUCAUUGUUCAUGGCAAGAAUUUUGUUGUAUUGUAUACAUGGAUGAUUGACUCUAAAAGAAUUGGUAGCUGGAAUUGAGGGCAUAAUAAUGGAGCUUGUUUUUUCUGUUCUAUCCUUUGCUUGUUUGCUCCAGGGUUGUAUGGCUGACUUUCAAGGGGAAGCCCUUCUUGAUCUAAAACAAUCGUUACACGCUUCAUCUCAACAGCUAUCGAAUUGGUUCCCUAACAUGGUUAAUCCUUGCACUUGGUCACAAGUUAUGUGUGACGAUAGUAAUAACGUUGUUUAUUUGACACUGUCUUCCAUGGGGUUAUCUGGAACUAUAUCACCUAAAAUCGGGACUCUAAAAACUCUUCAAACUCUGUCCCUGCGAGACAAUAGUAUUACGGGAAAGAUUCCGGAAGAGCUUGGGAAUUUGUCUUGUUUGACGACUCUGGAUUUAGAGAAUAAUUAUUUGACUGAUGAAAUACCAUCCUCCCUUGGUAAUCUAAAAAAUCUUAAAUAUUUGAGUUUGAGCCAUAACAAUCUCUCUGGGACUAUUCCUGAUUCGCUGGCUUCCCUUGAUAACUUAAUUAGCCUUCAGCUCUCUACAAAUCAACUCAGCGGUCAAGUUCCUACGCAGCUCUUUUCAAUACCGCAAUACAAUUUUUCAGGGAAUAAGUUGACCUGUGGUGUGGAUAUCCGUCAACCUUGUGCGUCUGAUGGUAAUAUCACAGGUUCUUCAAACAAAACAAAAGUUAUAGUUAUCAUCGGAGUUGUUGGAGGGUUAUUUUGUAUGGUUUUCCUUGGAGUCCUGCUGUAUUACUUGUGCAAGAGUAGAAUAAACGGUUACAAGCAUGAAGUGUUUGUCGAUGUAGCAGGUGAAGUUGAUAUCACAACUGCAUUUGGCCAGCUUAAAAGAUUUUUUUAUAGGGAGUUGCAGAUAGCGACUGACAACUUCAGUGAGAAAAAUGUUCUUGGUCAAGGUGGGUUUGGCAAGGUUUACAGAGGCGUGCUAGGAGACAAUACAAAGGUCGCAGUAAAACGAUUAACUGAUUACGAGGCUCCACGAGGAGAGGCAGCUUUUCAGCGUGAGGUUGAGAUGAUAAGUGUUGCUGUACACAGGAAUGUAUUACGCUUGAUUGGAUUCUGCACUACGCCAACAGAAAGGCUUUUGGUGUAUCCAUUCAUGCAAAACCUGAGUGUGGCUUAUCGUUUACGAGAAUUUAAACCGGGAGAGCCUGUAUUAUAUUGGCCUCACAGGAAACGAAUAGCUUUGGGCACUGCUCGUGCUUUAGAGUAUCUUCAUGAACAUUGCAACCCUAAGAUUAUUCAUCGUGAUGUUAAGGCUGCUAAUGUGUUGUUAGAUGAAUGUUUUGAAGCAGUAGUGGGUGAUUUCGGGCUAGCAAAAUUGGUAGAUAUGAGGAAAACUAAUGUGACUACACAGGUGCGGGGGACAAUGGGGCACAUAGCACCUGAGUAUUUGUCAACUGGGAAGUCAUCAGAAAGGACUGAUGUCUUUGGUUAUGGUAUAAUGUUGCUUGAGCUCGUGACAGGCCAACGGGCCCUUGACUUUUCGCGCUUGGGAGAACAGGAUGAACUCCUGUUGCUUGAUCAUGUGAAGAAGCUCGAAAGGGAAAAGAAGUUAGAUGCUAUUGUCGAUAAGAACUUGAAUAACGAAUUUAUAAUUGAAGAAGUGGAGAUGAUUAUCCAAGUUGCACUGUUAUGUACUCAAUCUUCACCAGAAGAUCGGCCAGCAAUGUCAGACGUGGUGCGGAUGCUUGAAGGAGAGGGGCUAGCUGAAAGAUGGGAGGAAUGGCAAAGUGUGGAAGUCACCCGCAGGCAAGAGUCUGAAUGGUUACAUGGCAGAUUUGGGUGCUUUAAUGAUUCCAUUCAUAAUCAGGACGCUAUUGAGUUAUCUGGUGGCCGAUGAAGAAGACGAUGGAGGCAGCCCUGGAACUCUAUCUUAUGUUUUUCUAUUAUCCAAUAUUUAUUUGAUGUCAUAUUUUAUAUGAUGAUAUAGCUUGGUGUUAAUGUUUUGAUGAGAAUUGAUUAGUCUUUGAUAAUCUGUCUACUUGAAAUUUUUAACACACUUCUUGACCUUAUGAUUGUAUAUACUACGGAUAUGGAUAUCGAAGAAUUAGAAAUAAAUUAUUUAUUUUAU